UAUUCGACCAGCGGUGGGCGGUUGCCACAGCUGGUUUAGGGCCCCGACUGUUAGGGCCCCUUGUCAGGAGGAGGCCGCCUCCCGGCUGGGGAGGAGAAGUCGCUGCCACCUUUGGCGGCCGCCGCGGUCCCCUGGGACUGGCUACUUCCUGGCGUCCAUCCUUGGCAGAGUUCGGGCUCCCUCCUUCAGGCCCUGCUCCCCUUCCUGGUGUCACUUCUCCCGCUGGGCCGGUUGAUCAGGAGGAGAUUGUUUUCCAGGGCAAGAAAUUGGACAUUUGAUGAUGUUUGACCCAGCGGCAGCAAUAGUGAGCAACGUGAUUUCCAAGCUGGGCUCAGUCUCUGGUUCUUCUGUGUUGUAGUCAUCAAGCUCAUUUUGAACCAGGAAUUCCAAUCAUGUCUGUGAUGGUGGUGAGAAAGAAGGUGACACGGAAAUGGGAGAAACUCCCAGGCAGGAACACCUUCUGCUGUGAUGGCCGUGUCAUGAUGGCCCGGCAGAAGGGCAUCUUCUACCUGACCCUCUUCCUCAUCCUGGGGACAUGUACGCUCUUCUUCGCCUUUGAGUGCCGCUACCUGGCUGUUCAGCUGUCUCCUGCCAUCCCUGUGUUUGCUGCCAUGCUUUUCCUUUUCUCCAUGGCUACAUUGUUGAGGACCAGCUUUAGUGACCCUGGCGUGAUUCCUCGGGCCCUGCCAGAUGAAGCAGCAUUCAUAGAGAUGGAGAUAGAAGCUACCAAUGGUGCGGUACCCCAGGGUCAGCGACCACCACCUCGUAUCAAGAAUUUCCAGAUAAAUAACCAGAUUGUGAAACUGAAGUACUGUUAUACAUGCAAGAUCUUCCGGCCUCCCCGGGCCUCCCAUUGCAGCAUCUGUGACAACUGUGUGGAGCGCUUCGACCAUCACUGUCCCUGGGUGGGGAAUUGUGUUGGAAAGAGGAACUACCGCUACUUCUACCUCUUCAUCCUUUCUCUCUCCCUCCUCACAAUCUAUGUCUUCGCCUUCAACAUCGUCUAUGUGGCCCUCAAAUCUUUGAAAAUUGGCUUCCUGGAGACGUUGAAAGAAACUCCUGGCACUGUUCUAGAAGUACUCAUUUGCUUUUUUACACUCUGGUCUGUCGUGGGACUGACUGGAUUUCACACUUUCCUUGUGGCUCUCAACCAGACAACCAAUGAAGACAUCAAAGGUUCAUGGACAGGGAAGAAUCGUGUCCAGAAUCCCUACAGCCAUGGCAACAUCGUGAAGAACUGCUGUGAAGUGCUGUGUGGCCCCUUGCCCCCCAGUGUGCUGGAUCGAAGGGGUAUUUUGCCACUGGAGGAAAGUGGAAGUCGACCUCCCAGUACUCAAGAGACCAGUAGCAGCCUCUUGCCACAGAGCCCGCUCCCAACAGAACACCUGAGCUCAAACGAAAUGCCGGAGGAAACCAACACUCCUGAAGAGAUGCCACCCCCAGAACCCCCAGAGCCACCACAGGAGAUGGCUGAAGCUGAGAAGUAGCCUAUCUAUGGAAGAGACUUUUGUUUAUGUUUAAUUAGGGCUAUGAGAGAUUUAAGGGGAGAAGAUUAACCUGAGACAGAGAGCAAGUAAGCUGCCCCUUUUAUUGUUUUUCUUUGAUCCGUAUCCACCCAAUUGCACACUGGCAUUUUCUUGCUGCAGGCUUUUUUUUUUUUUCUGAACUCAAGACAGUAGCAGAAGAUGUCAGUCACCUCUGGUAACUGGACAAAUGGGUCUCUUGGGCCCUGGCACUGGUUCUCCAUGGCCUCAACCACGGAGUUUCCUUGGACUUCCCUCUCUUCCUUCUAAAUCCUAGCUCUCCUGAUUGGGGUCAUUGGUCUAAUUGUGGGGUUAAAGUUUCUUGAGAUUGGCUAAAAUCCUUUCAAGCUGCUGCAUGUCAUGAGUCCAGAGGCAAUCAUGGAGACCUCUGGCCAGGAAAUGCUAACUGAGUUCUUGGGGCCUUCAGGAUUGAAGAGGAUGGAAAGUGAGGUUGGAGGAGUCUUCCAGCUACGCGAGUGCCAACAUUUCCAGCUAAUCCUUUCAGGAAUGGGGCAGGCACCUUCCACUUGUAUUUAUUCAUGUAGCUGCUCCUUUGUCCCCCCUCCACUCACUAACACUCAAGCUCUCCUCUUUUCCACUUAGAUAUGUGUAAGUAGUUGUAGUAGAGAUAACAAUUUACAUUUCUCGUAGACUACCUGGAAAUUUUUUUUUAAUACCGGUGCCAUUCUCAAUAAGAAUUUAUGAGAUGCCAGUGGUAUAGCCCCUCACACUUUCUGUCUCAUCUCUCCUCUCUCAUUAGCCUCUUUUUUUUCCUUUUGACUCGUGCUCCCAUUAGGAGCAGUAAUGGCAGUAAUAAAAGUCUGCACUUUGGUGGUUUCUUUUCCUCAGAUGAAGCCCGAGUGCUCACUUAAACACUACCCCGUCAGACUCCCUGUGUGAGGCCUGCAGAGGCCUGGAAUGCACAAAUGGGGAAUCCAAGGCACAGAGAGGCUCUCCUCUCCUCUCCUCUCCUCUCCCCCUAUGUCCCCGCAAAAAAGAAAAAAAGGAUAACCAAUACUUCCAUUAAGCCUAGGCUGAGUGAGGAGGGAAAGCCCAGCACUGCUGCCCUCCCGGGUAACCCACUCCAAGGCCUUGCCCACCUCGGGCUAUGGUAACCACACCGGGGCUUCCUCCAAGCCCCAUUCUUCCAGCACUUCCACCAACAGAGUCCCAGAGCCACUUCACCUUGGGGGUGGGCUGUGGCCCCCAGUCCACUCUGCUCAGGACCUGCUCUAUUUCAGGGAAGAAGAUUUAUGUAUUAUAUGUGGCUAUAUUUCCUAGAGCACCUGUGUUUUUCUCUUUCUAAGCCAGGGUCCUGUCUGGAUGACUUAUGGGGAGGGGGGAAAGUGUAAACCAGAACUUUUAAUCUAUUCGAAGGCAAUUAAACUGUGUCUAAUGCAAACUGCCUGCCUCCUCCUUCCCCCUUCCAUUUCCAGAACCACCAUGGGGUGUGAAUGUGUUGAUGUGUGGGGUGGGGAUGGGGGUGGGUGUUAAAAGGGGUUGCUUUUUACUUGCCAUACUUCCAUUUUCCAGGGGGCCCUUUAUGUUGGCAAGAGAGCCUGCAGACUCUCCAUUGAUCUAUACUACAUUUCUGAGCUGAAGCUCAGCUUUUACUGGUUUAUGAAGAAGGGGCUUUUAAGGCAGUAUAUAGUGUUAACAAGAUUGGGAGGGUGGGGAGUUAUAUUUAUUCUACUGAACAGAAACAAAUUCUUUCUUAGAAUAUUGUUUUUAUACAGAUGGGUGCUGUUCAUUGCAAAUGAGUCUUGGUUAUUAAAGCAGACUCACCAAGGCCUUCCUUUAGACAUAUUUUGUUAGAGGUCUUUUUCAAGUGAUGGUAUGUAUUUCUUUUUAAAUAGUCUAUAAUCAAGACUACUUGCCAAUUCCCAUCUCACCCUUCCCGUUAAUUAAUUGGAAUUAAUGAAAUUUGACUGCUCCCAGAUUUUCCUUGUAGCAUGAUUGGAAUAGAGCAAUCCUUCUCUAAUGGGGAGAGGCAGAGAGAGAGACUCAGAUUUCUCGCUUAUCUGCCUCUACUUCCCCAUUCUUUUUCUGGCUCUCUCAGUUUUGUUCUUGUAGUUAGAUUUUGGCUAGUUCAAAAAAAGGCCAAUCCAGGAGGGCUUGGAAGUUAUUAGGUUUUUCCAGGUAACCUGCCACUCCUAUGAACGCCUUUAGCCCAUCCUAGCUCAGACCACCUCCUCUCCUGGGUUAGGCUGGAUUGAUCUCCCUCUACUUACCUCAACCACUGUCCUGCUGACCCUUGGUCGGUCAAAGCAGCUUUCCUUUUCUGACGUAAAGGGCCAAGAUGGAUAUCUCUUCUCUCUGGUGUGAAAUUAUUAUUAGUUUCUGCUUUUCCAUACUCCCUGCCCUCUUUCUUUUCCUUUAUAAUUCUUCUGUGUUUAAGACCUUGACCAGAAGAUCUGUCCCAUUCAUACCAUGAACGAGCUGGGACUGUCCCUAGUCUCAGUCCUGGUCAGAGGGGAGAUUGAAGAAUUGAUCUUUCCCAUGGGAAUAGGUUGUAAAUUGUUUGGCCUUUUCAAUGGUUGACACUCUUUCCAACUCUUCCUUUCCUCCCCAUUCCUCAAGAUUCCUGUGCCCCUCACUUCCCCAGGCCAGGAUGGUUGGCACUGAUCCAAAAUCUCUGAGGGAGGGUGGAAGUUGGCUAUUUUGGGCCAUUUCUUCAUGUCCCUUGCCCUGGCUGAGGUCAUCAUCUCCCCCUUUGUUUGUCCCCCAAUGGCAGAGGUGGUUUCUAAUUCUACAGUAGCUAAAUUCCAUUCUUCCUGUCUUGACCUUCCUGCCUUUUACUGGCCCCCUUUUACUACUGACCAAAUCUCUUUACCUUGUUGGGGAAAAAAAGUAUUUUGUUUUUAAAUCUAUUUUUGAACUUAAAUGCAAUUUAAUAUGUAAAUCUCUGCACUUUUUUGUGAGCCUACAAAUGUAUAUGUGCUGGGUUUUUUCACUCUCUGGUAUUUCUUAAUAAAGAAAUCUUUCUUUUUGGGGGAAGCCAAUUAAUGAAGGAGACUUGAAUGGUUUUAGAAAUACAGGGAUGUCUGUUUCUUUGUGCUUCUGCCUCAUUUCUUUACUUGUGCCUAGUGUGAGUGCUCUGCCCCUCCCCCCAUCUUUUGACCCCUUUCUUUGAGGGCCCUUAACUUAGUGGGGCAGAGAGAGGGAGAGACCUGUCCUGUAUCUGGUACCCCUCUGGGAGCACUUGGAUUGGCUAAAGCAGUAACCUAGCAACGUAGCCCCCCGCCCUCUCUCCAUAGACUAGCCCUGUUAGUCCUUUUCUUCUAGCUCAGUUCAUUUUAUACUUCUGAGGCUGGGGCCAGGCUGGGGAAAAUCACUGAGGGAUUACAGUAAAUGGCUUUAAAAAAAAAGAUAAUUUGCUCUUGUGCCUUGGUACUACUAAAGAAGAGCACUGUUUCUCAUAAUUCACGAAGUGUUUGUGUCCGCUUUGAGAAUACAUUCUAGAAAUCUCUUUCUGCUCUUAGGAGGUAGGUUUUAGAAAUAGUGUCCAAGGCUAAAACUAUGACUAUCAUUCGUUUCAAAGGAGGCAAACCCAGUUCACAAAAAAGGAGAGCAAUGGUGGAUUUCAUGUUUUAGAUAAAUAUGAAAGGAGAAUAGGAACUAUGACUCUGCGCCUGUAAAACUUUUGAAUUAAUGUUGGUGGAAAACCCUGGUAUAAUUAGCUGGUGGUGCAGUUGGUUAACAUGCUCAGCUGGGUUUGAGUCCACCCAGAGGUGCCUUGGAAGAAAGCCCUGGAGAUCUAUUUCCAAAUAAUCAGCCAUUGAAAACCCUAUGGAUCAUAGUUCUACUCUGACAUACAUGGGGUCGCCAUGAGUCAGAAUGGACCCAACAGCAACUGGUUAAUUAUUUUACAAAUAAACACAAAAUACGUUUUUAUAGUUUUAAUAUAUACACUGAAUUUUCAGGAAUGUAACAACUGUGUCAAUUGAGGGAAGAUGGAACUUUAUUUUGUUCAGAAUUUUACCAAGAGUUUUUCAUGACUUUUGAAAAUCAUGUCACUGAUGGCAGUGCCAUUCAUAUGUAUUUAAGUUGUCAAUACAACAUACCUGUAUUAGUCUUCAUUUGUAGCGGUCGCAUUUGCAGUGAUUCUGUAUAUAGGUGGAAACACCUGACUACCUUUUUCUGUCUUUUAGUAUAGUCUUGCCUGGUUAUUUGCGUAUUGAAAUGCAUAUUACCUACUUAUAAAUUAGAUAGAGAUAGAUUGUUCCCAUCCAUUCAGCUCUGAUGCAUGGCAACCUUAUGUACGUACAACAGAAUGAAACGUUGCCCGGUCCUGCAUCAACCUCAUAAUCACCGGCAUGUUUGAAUCCAUCGUUGCAGCUAUUGUGCCAGUCCAUCUCACUGAGGGUCUCUCUCACCCUCGCUGGCCCUCUGCAUCACUACACAGGGUGUCAUCCUCUGGCGAUUGAUCCCUCCUGGUGACAUGUCCAAAGGACACAAGUUGGGCAAUGUUCUGCUGUGAUCCAUAAGGUUUUAAUUGACUGAUUUUCAGAAGUAGACUCCAGGCCCUUCCUCCAAGUCUGUCUUAGUAUGGAAGCUCCACUGAAACCUGUCUGCCAUUGGUGACCCUGCUGGUAUUUGAAAUACCAGUAGCAUAGCUUCUAGCAUCAUAGUGACAUGCAAGCCACUACAGUACAACAGACUGACAGAUGGGUGGCGGUAUUAUAAAUUACUUUCCCUUUAUUUCUCCUUUGUAUUAUAGUUAGUGUAUUUCUAUUCUAGAAAAAUUAUGUACAUAAGCAAGUUGUAUUAAAUAUGAAAUUUAUUUUAAAGUGGUAGGGGGCGCAUUACAAAAUAUUGAGUAUACCAAGGGAGGGCUGGGUCUGAUGGGAUUGAGAACCACUGGAUGAGAUCAUCUCAAAGGUCCCUUUCUCACUCUAAAUAUUUGGAAAGCUUAGAAAAUAAACAGUACCCUCCCCUCACACCUUUAUUUGCUUUUUUUUUUUUUUAAUUUUAAAAGUAAUACAUGUUCACUGCUGAAAACUGGGAAAGUGCAGAAAAGUAAAGAUUUUUUAAAAAAUCACCCAUGAACUCAUCACCAAGA